CUCCCCUUUCCUUCACUAACAACCAAAAAAAAUAUAUAUCCCAUCUCAUCCAAAAUGUCCCUAAUCACACCACCCCCCAUCACCAUCGAAGACCUCCAUGCUUUCCAAGCAAAACACUUCCCGGGAAGCCUCAUCGUCCAGACACCACAACCGCAAGCAGUGACCAACACCAACCUCCCCGAAGAAUACACCUCACAUGACUACGAAGAACAAUACGACUGGAAUGAAGAAUAUGAAGAAGAUGAAGAUCUAGGCUACUACCCUGACGGCGUGAAACGCACACUCACGGACGAACAAAUCCGCAUUUUCAGACAUAGUGAGAUCCAUGCCUUGAGGAGGGAGAAGGAGUUGCGUGAGGAGGAGGAGGCGGAUGCUGCUGCUUCCGCUGCUGCUGCUGAAGCUGAAGCGGCUGCAGAGCGUGCGGUAGAUGCAGGUGCGGAUGUAGGCGCAGAUGCGAACGCAAAGACAGAUGCUGCUGGUACGGAACAAGCGAGCAAGUCUCGAGUAGAAGGGGAAGAUACGGAUGUGAAGAUGGAUUAUGGGGAUGGGGGUGUUUCGAAUACAGCUUCGACUUCGAACCAGACUUCUAGGCCUGUGCCGCAGUUUACAGGCAGGAGGAUCAUUUCGUAUGAUGAUUGAGAUUUGGAUUGAGGGAGAGGACGGGGCGUUAAGGUGGUUUUAUGUGACUGCCUCCUAUCAACCUAUCUAUCUGCAUGUCUGCCUAUCUGGCUAUCUGUGAUGUGCUGCGAUUAGCCACUCUGGUUUCUUACGCCCCCGCAGGAAUCACCGUCGACAUUGUGUUCGAGACUCAAAGUGCUUUGCAUGCACACCGACCUAACCUUUCUGACAUGGUGAGUUACUCACAGCAUUCAUUUCUUUUUGUUAUUCUGCCCCCCACCAUGAUGAAAACAUCGUAUCAGUCAUCCUUAGUCGGAGCGCCAUACCAUCUGCGGAUGUGUAAGGCUAUGUCGACUUAAAUCUUCUCUCUGAAGUUACUUGUUAUUGCUGCCUGUUGGACUUGAAAUUUUCUCUAUGUUCUGUCGCUAAUCCACUUAUUGACUAG